AUGACGUCCGACAUGGUGCAGGAGGAAGUCGAAGAAUCGGCCACUGUUCUUGAGCAACCUCAAGAAAUUAGCCUUCGCAGGGACUUAGUUGAUCUCGUCAAUCUCCUCAUCUCCUCCACCUACAUUCUCCGGUGCUUCCAGUCCAAAUGGCAACUCAUUCGCCUCAAGCUCGAGCAGCUCAGCUCCUCCCUCGCUGCCGCCGACCACUCUUCGAACAGCUCCCGGAUUCUGGACUUGCUGCAGUCGGUAGCUGCAACUGUGGGCGAGGCGCAGGGGUUGGUUGUCCGUUGCGCCGACGAGUCUUACAGCGGGGGGAAGCUUCUGCUCCGGAGCGACCUCGACGUGGUCGCUGCUAAGUUGGACCUCCACCUGAAGCGCCUCGAGGAGGUCUACGCCUCUGGGAUUUUGACCAUCGGCCGAGCCAUCGUCCUGUCGCGGCCGGACGCCGGCGCCAGCCGCGAGGACAUCCGGUUUUACGUGAAGGAUCUUGUGUCCAGGCUCAAGAUUGGGGAUGUGGAGAUGCGGCUGCGGGCGUUGAGCGCGCUCAAUGAAGCUCUUCGCGAGGACGACAGGUACGCUAGGAUUCUGUCCGUGGAGGUCGCCGACGGCGUGGCUUCCCUGGUCACCCUGCUUGAGUACUGCGGGAGAGGCGACAUGCAAGAGGAGGCUGCCGAGGCGGUCGCUGCCGUGGCUCGCUUCGACUCGCACAAGUCUGCACUCGUCAUGGCCGGAGCCGUCGCGCCGCUGAUCCGCCUGUUGGAGACGUCGGGAAUAAGAAUGGUCGCUAAGGAGCGAGCGGCGAGCGCGCUGAAGAUGCUGACGGAAAAUUCCGACAACGCGUGGUCGGUCUCGGCCCACGGCGGCGUGCCGGCUCUCCUCAGCAUCUGCAGCGACGACUCAAGUACCAGCGAGCUGGUGCGUUCGGCCUGCGGCGUGCUGCGGAGCAUCAGCGGCGUGGAGGAGAUCAAGCGGUACAUGGUGGAGCAGGGCGCCGUGGCGGCCUUCAUAAAGCUUGCCGGGGCGAGCGACGAAGUGGCGCAAGUGCAAGGCAUAGAGCUUUUGCUCGCCGUCUCCUGCCACGGCGAGCAGAGCACGUCGGCCAGAGAUGGCAUGCUCGGGGCGCUGGUUCGGGUUCUCGACGCCGGCUCACCCAAGGCGAAGGAGGUGGCGCUGCGGGCGAUUGAGAACCUCUGCAUCACCUCGCCGAGCGUAGCGGUGGCAGACCACCUGGUUGUCUCCGGCUUCCUCGACCGCGCUCUGAUCUUACUGCGGGGCGGCGAGGUCAGCGUUCAGGAGGCGGCACUGAAGGCCGUGUCGCGCCUGGGGAGCGCGUCGGAGGCAGUGAAGCGGGCGAUGGGGGACGCGGGGUUCAUCCCGGAGCUAGUGCGACUCCUCGAGGCGCGGUCGUUUCAAGUGCGCGAGAUGGCGGCGGAGGCCCUCGCCGGCGUACUGUCGGUUCACAAGAACGGGAAACGUUUUGUGAAAGAGGAAGAGAACCUGAACCGGCUGCUCCGGCUGCUGAACCCGGAGGAAAAGUCGGCCACCAAACGGUUCCUGGUGGCGGCGCUCGUGACGCUUACCGAUCACGGCACCACCGUUCGGCGCAGGAUCGCGGCGUCGGGCUGCGUCGAGCACCUGGAGAAGCUGGCGGAGACGGACGUGGCGGAGGCCAAGAAACUCAUCAAGAAGUUGUCGUCGGCCAACAGAUUCACAGCCAUCUUCGCCGGAAUUUGGAGCUCCUGA